AUGGCGUGGACGCGCCCCUUUCCAACAGUCUGGGAUGAUGCAGGUCGGGAGGUACUCAAUGAGGCGCCGCCCUUUCUUGCCCUUGCUGAUUCCACCUUCCAGGGCCUUUUGCGACAGGGCAAGCAAUGGGCCUCAUACGGCUACCCCUCGCUAGGGAUGGGCUACUCGGUGGUGUGUCCCGGGGCUUCCCUCGUUCGCUCCUAUCCUGGGCCUCCGAUCCUGGUCAAUGAGGGCUUCUUGCAUUUCCUGCGAGACAAGCUCGAUGAGCCUGUCAAAGUAGGCCUGGUUCCCUGCGGACGCAGUGUGCCACAUCCCAAGCAGACUGCUUAUGACUUUGUGGAAAGGGCACGGCACGACUUCAACCUCAAGGACUACGAGUUCCCUUGGCAGAUCAUGGACCUGGACCAGCCUCCGGAUCUGGACUUGUAUGGCCAGGAUCCCACUCACUUUCAGCCGUCUGCUGAGCUGCCUGCCAUUGGGCGUAUCAUUGGCCGCGCUCUCUACUGUAUGACAGUACCGAAACCACAGCGAGCUGACGGAGGCAACGCCCCCGAGACUCCGCAGGGCAACGCUCCCCAAACCCCAUCUACCUCACCUUUUGCGGGUGGCCUGGGGCCAGGGGAUGCGCAGCAGGCGCCGCACACUCCUCCACCCUUUCUGCCAGUUCUUCUGCGCUGCUCCUGGAACGCGACUCAGGGCAUGAUACAUCAGGAGAUGUUGGCCACCCACGCGCUCACUCGAGCCACCACUCUUAGAGAGUUGCUGAUUGUGGCGGCCAGCCAAGCCAACUUCCCCAUUGAAAAGACGUACCGCCUUACGGUACCGGCUGACUGUACUCCCUAUGGGAGGUUCCCAAUCCCGCAGCGCCUGGUCCAGACUUUCAUUCAUGACGAAAUGGUUGGCCCUAAGGAAAUGGCGGCGGACAAGUUCCGGACCUUUCGUCGCGAGUUCUUCAACGACGAAGCCUGCGCGGAAGUGAUCCGUUCAGUCACUGGAGGAGCAGGGCAACGCCUUCUCUCCAAGCUCCGAAGCAACGCGCAUCGCGCGGAUGUCUUCAGAUACGUUGAACACUGGCUCCGUGGCGGCAUCUACCUCGACAUCAAGACUGCCUUCCUGAUCACGCCGCAGGAGCUUCACUCCUCCAUCGUGGCAGAGUGGCGAGCAAAGCCACUCCUCUCCGACCUUGCCUCCCAAAUUUAUGGAUGGGAUGCUGAUACCUUGCGAGCCAGCGGUCCUCCUGAUUACUUCCUCACGGCCAUCGGUCAGAAAAAGGACCACAUUUUCCAGGGCAUCCUCAUGGGACGACGGCAGCACCCCCUCAUGACUGCUGCACUACGUCAUGCUUUUCAGCACAAAUAUGUGGAUGCGCAGGGGGCCAUCAACGAGAAGUAUAUGUUCUUCUGCAUCGCCCUCUAUGAGAUCGUACGCCAGGACCUGCUCAGCGACCCGGUCCUCCACCCAACGGCGCAGGGACGCAGCUUGGCCCCUGGCUGGCACCUCACACAGACCCUAGGCCCGAUCUAUCUGCUGCAGGAGGUUCAUGAGGAUCAGUUGCGGCGAAUGCAGGGCGUGCCCCCCAAUGAGGGGCAUGGGUUCCGCACAGCCUCCAAGCAACUCAUCGCUCUUACUCGGUGCUGGGGUUGGAACAAGGGAUGGAAGUCUGAUCCGGCUUCCACCAAAGCCAACAACGAUGCCAUCCUUCGUGGACUCCCUACUGCACUCCACGCAGCACAGGAGGCUGGCAACGCCACGACCCGGCGAGGCAACGCCUCCACAACUCCGGUCCCCACUGAAGCCACCAUUCAGGCACAUGUGCUUGAAGCUCUCGACACCAGCCUUCUUGAUCGGAUUGUGCAGCUUAUCGAAAAGUGGCCGCAGUUCUAUGGAGAACUCACCAAGCAGCAAGUCCAGGAGCUCAUCCCGCGCGGUCUUGGCAUAGCCAUUUCAGAGCAUGGUGACACUUUGUGCUGUGUCUUCUGUGCGGGCAAAUCUGGCGGGCCCUGCAUGUUCCACACCUCUCAGGGCCUACUGCCGCACUUUCUGCGGACACGUGGCAGCGGUGCUACAUGGCAUCACGCGGGGGAAGAGGCCUAUGCCAGGGCUACCACUGGGCGCUCAGGUCAGGCCGCUGCGGCGGCCUCCUCCUCAGAUACCGGCAAUCAACGGCCCAACGAGCCUGCCUCCCCGCCGCCAUACGUCGCACCGCGACCAGCCAUUCUUGAUGCACCGCAUCGUCAUGAAGCUCCUCCUCAAGAGCCAGAAAACACUCCUCCCACAAUGGAGGAACUCUGUGCCGAGAAGGACUUCUACGACUGGGUGGUGGCAGUAGCGGACCUCCAGUCACUGACGGCUCCUGAAGUAGUGGGUGUUCUUCAGCCCCAGGAGUUCACAGCGAUAUGGAAUGCCCGACUUCAGGUCUUGACCAAGCUGCCAACCGUGCUUGCCGGCCUUAGCAGGGUUUACCAAAAACCUGAAGCUGAUCGAAAAGACCUCAGCUGGCGCUCUGUGAUCUCGGGUCGACUUGUUGUCCACUCCUCUGGCCACUUAACGAUGGCCACGAAGGACCGUGCUGGUCAAGAGCACAUUCACCCCAAGCUCACGACCUGGCUCGGGGGCCUUCAGGCUACCAUUAAAAAUGGGGUUCCCUACGCUCUCUUCGAGGGCGAGCGUGUGGCUACUCAGGAUGAGUUUCGCCUCUUCGCGACGACCCUGCAGACCAUCUAUGAGGCAGCCACCAAGAAGGCGCACCAACCCUCCCACGUCAAUAUCAUCCAGGCCACGCGUGACAGCCAUCCAACCAUCAAGAUUACGCACGGCCAAGUCCUGGAUAGCAAGCUGAACGUGAUUCGCAAUGUUAUACUGGCCAGCAGCUUCGUGGUCGCCGCGAAAAACAAGCUGAGCACCGUGAGAACAAGGAGUCCAGGAGGUCGGACCCGUAUGGAUCUCACGAGCCUCCGCCCGAACAACACUCCAGAUCCGCCGGCUCCCAAGACUGGCAAGACUGGCGGGACUGGGAAGAAAAUUCCUACAAUGCCAGGAACUCUGCCUACCACGGCUAUUACCGCUGAGCCAUUGCAUGCCAGGGCUACUUAG